CCUUCCCGGUGCCCUCGCGUCCGCUGUGGUGCCCAGCUGGGCGACCGACCGCAGCCGCAAGACAGCACAACCUCCGUGCCAUGUGUUGUUUUCUUUGCUGGCGCCGCGGGUCACUUGGGCGACCAGCCUUCCGAGCAAAAGUGAACAGAGGUUGCCACGCGCAAGGCUCGGCGUGGCAGCGGCGAGCUGGCCGCACGCACAACUACAUGAAUGGAUUACAAGCCCCCCCCCCAAGGGUGGCAUAACCCAGUCGACAGCCAUACGUCGCCAGUUGCACCACUAGGCAUGCAUGCAGAGCCUCUCAGGCAUCGCAUGCGCAGCCUUCAGGCAAGCCAUUUAGCCCCUUCGGGAGACACCGCUCAGUGGUCAUAAAUGCGUCCAGCCAACCCACGAGGAAAAAUGCGGAGCUUUGAAACGUCCUGACGGAGAGGUGCCCCCGCCCCCCUCACUUACUCAGAAGCAAGCUGCAACGCAGAAAAGCUCGGGGCAGAAGGCGUAGAGUGCCUGGCUCCGCGUCAGUGAGCACACUGCGGGAUGCAUCUGGCCUCAGCGCAGCUGUGCGCACGAGCGCCGCACGAGCGGCACACGAGCGGCGAGGAGGCGAAGGAGGAGGAGGCGGUGGAGGAGGGGGGGAGGAGGGCAGGGGACGGAGGAGCAGAGCAGGGGAGGCCCUGCCCUCCCUCCGCCGCCGCACCCGCGGGUGCCAGGGCGCCCCUGCGGGGAGGCCCCGCGGGCGAGGGGCAGCUGCCGCGCGCUGGCCCAGCGUCAGGGCCAGACCCGACCCCAUGCUUCCUGGAGCAGGGCCCUGGUGUUGAGCAGGGGCCGACCGCCACGGCAUUCCUCACGACAUACAUGAGUCCUACCACGGCUAUAGGCGAGCCAGGACGCUUCGCCACUGCUUGACGGUGGAGGCAACGGCGGCUCCCCCGCCCGACCCGGCUCCGAUGGAGAGCACGCCCGGGACCCCUCCCGCGGGCCGUCCUGGCCUGCUCCUUGGCGGCGCGCACAAAGGGGCGGCGGUGGAAAGUGGGCCUGUCAGGUUCCCGCGCAGCGGCCAAGACCCGAGACCCGCGCCGAGGGAAGCCAGCCAUCCCGGGAAGCCUGAGUGGCUUCCCGGGGUCCAGCGCAGAUCGAAGAAAUCCGCGCAGAGCUCCGACAGUUGGCGUCUAUGCGGCGUUCCUUCUUCGACAGAAGCUCUCCACGACGCGCGGGCGUCUGGGUGACGGGG